GUGCUCGGCGUCCUGGUGGAGGCCGAGUACAUCCCGCCCGGCCCCCGCUACCGCUGCCCCACGGCCUCGCUGUACCCCUGCAGCUGCCUGGCGGGCGGCGACCAGGGGCUGCUGGUGCGAUGCCACAACACCAACCUGGCCACCCUGAGCGUGGGGCUGCAGCAGGUGGCGCGCCUCGGCCUGCCCAUCGAGCGCCUCAGCGUCGUGGGCUGCAACAUCGGCCGCCUGUACGGCGCGCUGCUGCACCCGCUCAAGGUGCGCGUGCUGGUCAUCGAGGACACGCCCCUCACGAGCAUUGACCCCGGCACCUUCUACGGCGUGAACCGCACGCUGCAGGAGCUGCACGUGGUGCGCUCCAAGCUGCAGGAGUUCCCCACGACGGCCCUGCAGGUGCUCGGCAACCUGACGCUGCUCAAGCUGGACGGCCACGACAUCGCGGAGCUGCCCUCGUCCGCCUUCGCAGACAGCCUGCUGCCCGCCCACCUCAGCAAGCUGCACGUCUGCAACGGCCACAUCGCCGACCUGCCGCUCGACGUGUUCCAGCCCCUGCGGAAGCUCAGCCUGCUCGACCUGCACGGCAACAACAUCACCCAACUGAAGAAGAACCAAUUCAAGGGGCUGCGCGACGUGGAGGUCCUGGACCUCUCCCACAACGCGCUGGUCAAGCUGGACUCGAGCCACCUGGCGGACCUGACCAAGAUGGCGUCGUGCAACGUGUCCCACAACGACAUCGGCGAGCUGACUCGCGGCACCUUCGCGCGCAACACGGUGCUGCGCGUGCUCAACAUGGCCGGCAACCGGCUGAAGCGCCUGGACGGCAACAGCUUCCGCGGCAUGCGCUUCAUCCGGCGGCUCUUCCUCGCCGACAACCAGAUCGCCGACGUGGGCCGCGGCACCUUCGGCGGCAUCACGCGUGUCGGCACCAUCGACCUGGCGCGCAACAAGCUGGCCAAGAUCGACUUCCAGAUGUUCCAGCAGCUGCAGUACUGUGAGCUGAUCGACGUGUCCGAGAACCAGGUGACGGAGAUCGCCAAGCUGUCCUUCAAGGACCUGUACCUGGUGCGGAUCAACCUGUCGCACAACGCCAUCGAGACGAUCGAGCCGGGCGCCUUCGAGAACUGCGCCAACGUCACGGUGCUGGACAUGUCCCACAACAAGAUCGGCAACAUCCCGCGGACGGCCUUCGACGCCAACACGUACGCCACCGAGCUGCAGCUGUCGUACAACCUGCUGACCGACCUGGCGCAGGUGCCGCUGCACAACAUGACGGGGCUCAAGGUGCUCAACGUGAGCCACAACCUGAUCGAGCGCGUGCCGCGCAACGUGUUCCCCAAGCUGUACGAGCUGCACACCGUGGACCUGUCGCACAACGCGCUGCAGGAGAUCUGGAACGGCGUCUUCCAGACGCUGUUCGGCCUGCGCUUCCUCAACCUGUCGCACAACGCCAUGACCGAGGUGCGCAGCUCCACGUUCGGCGCCGUGCCCACCCUGCUCGAGCUGGACCUGAGCCACAACAACCUCUCCGACGUGGGCCGCGGGUCACUGGCCCGCCUGGCCUCCCUGCGCUGGCUCACCCUCGCCCACAACCAGGUGUCGCGCGUGUUCCAGCUGCCCAUCUCCCUGUCGCACCUGGACCUGUCGCACAACGCCGUGUCGCGGCUGGAGCCGGGCACGACGUGGCCCUCGAUGAACGCGCUGCUGGGGCUGGACCUGUCGCACAACGGCAUGACGGACGAGGCGCUCACGCACGGCUCCUUCGCCAACCUGCUGACGCUGCAGCGGCUCGACCUGUCGCACAACGCGCUCACGCGGCCGCCGUGGGAGGCCCUGGGCGACCUCACCUCGCUGCAGUACCUGUACCUGCAGCACAACCAGCUGACGGAGCUGCCGCGCGGCGCGUUCGGCCGCCUGCCCGUCGUCUUCGAGCUCGAGCUGUCCCACAACCAGAUCGCCAACGUGUCGGCGCGCGCCUUCGACGGCCUGCUGCAGCUGCUCACGCUCAACCUGACCGCCAACAGCCUCACGUACCUGCCCAACGGCGCGCUGCAAGGCCUGGUGUCGCUGCGGACGCUGGACCUGUCCCACAACCAGCUGGAGCGCUUGGACAACAAGACGCACGGCCUGCUGGACGACUGCCUGUCGCUGGAGCGGGUGAACCUCAGCCACAACAAGAUCUCCUUCGUGACGAAGAAGACGUUCCCCAGCAACCCGUACAUCCCGUACCGGCUGCGCGAGGUGGACCUGAGCCACAACGUGAUGCCCGUGCUGACGCACGACCUCGCCGUGGGCACCAAGAAGGUGGAGGUGCUCAACGUGAGCCACAACAUGAUCAACGAGAUCCGUAAAGGCGUGGUGGGCAACCUGACGGCGCUGCGCGUGCUGGACCUGUCCCACAACGAGCUGGUGACGCUGUCCGAGGGCGCCGCCGGCUUCCGUCCGCCGCGCAACCUGACGCACCUUUACCUGCGCGGCAACCGCCUCGUGGACGUGCCCGGCGACUCGCUGGCCGCGCUGCGUCCGGGGCUGCAGGUGCUCGACGUGCGCGCCAACGAGGUCACCGCCUUCCACCGCCGCUUCCUGCCGCUGCUCAUGAACGGCACCGAGUUCAGAUACGAGGACAACCCGUUCCAGUGCUCGUGCGUGUCGCGGCCGCUGCGCCACUGGCUGGGCGUGCAGGCCACCACGCUGCCGUGGUGGGGCGCGGUGCGCUGCGCCGAGCCGCAGUUCCUCGCGGGCCAGGCCCUCGUCGACGUGGCCGAGGACCGCCUGGUCUGCGACCCCGCCGACCCGGCCUCCAAGGACCCGGACUUCGACAUCAGCCCCGACCUCAAGUUCAGGGAAAUCAAGAGGGACGCGAAGGGGGCGGUGGCCGUCUCCUGGUACGUGACCACCAACGAGGACGUGGCGGACUUCCUGCUCGUGGUGCGGGACACCUCGGACGGCGCCGGGGUGGCUGCAGCGGCCGCCGACAAGGAGCAGCCCGCGACCACGCCGCCCGACCAGGCCGAGGACGGUCUCGAGGUGGAGGCGGAGCUGGCGGAGCCGCGCGACCCCAGCGUGGUGCUGCAGCGCGUGCUGCCCUACACGGCGCGCGCCUACUCGCUGGCCGACCUGCCCGCCGAGGCCGCGCGCCGCGACUCCCUGGAGCUGUGCGUGCUGGCGCAGGACUCCGGCGGCAGCGUGCGUCGGUGGCGGCGCUCCCAGUGCCGCAUGCUGCCCGCGGGGCUGGCGGGCAACGCGCUCACCGGCGGCGCCGUCGCGGUCCUCGGCGCGGGGUCCACUGUCGGCGUGGCGCUCGGCGUGGCGCUGCUCGCGGCCCGCGCCGCCUGA